AGAGUGAUGCUAACGAAUGGCACUUUGCCAUCCGCCCAACUCGACCGAUUUGGCGCAGUACACCCUUUCACGCAGCAACUUGACAUCGUGUUCCCUGCUUCCGAUGAACUUGAGAAGGAGCUUGCAUCCCUGAGGCACACAUACUGCAAAAGACGCUGUACACUAUCAGAGUUCCUUGAUUUUGCCUCCAAGAAUCGGUUCUGUUCUCUAUCUAACAGCAACAUAACUGCACUACCAUCCACUUCCGAGUGCGAUGAUACAUGGUGCAUCGACCCCAGAGGCGUCCUCACCCUCUGCGUCUCAAAGUCACUGUAUGAAAAACUUGGCUUAGUCGGGAAGAAACUUCCCUUCAAAGGCUGUUCAGAACAGUAUGUCAUACGCAUACCGGUAAGACAAGAGACCGAGUCUCCUGCUGUGCGUGCGAGACAGAAAGCGGCUCUGAAGCUCUGGGAUGAGCUCAGGGAAGACCAGCCCGGGAAAUGGGAAAUUAAUUAUUGUCAAGCAGGUGCAGGUACCUCCGAGUCACACGAAGCGGUGACCGUUCAACACAAAAUUUGUCGUUCCACCGAUAUACUUAUCCCAGUCCCGACUCUUGCUCCCUUGCCCCAGGAAAGCACGGAGGAUUGGGAUGAACGUAUAGGCGACCUCUUUGAAUGGGUAGGCAUGGCUUGCUUAGGAGCCCAGAGACUCAAAGCAAAUGACCGUGUCAAUCCUUACGUUGCUGUCUACGAAACUCCUGCUCCUUCAUAUAUUGGUGACGUGACACGCAUGACGUGGGCGGGCUUCCUGCACCCUGCAUUCAUUAAACACGCUCUUGACACGGUGACGUUACAUCUGGCAUCUGCGACCGAUGACCACGCGUUCGUUGCGACCACGAGGCAUGGUUACUGUACAUCACCUGUUGGCAUCAUCCCCCUUUCCUUGGCAUCUGAUACUUCUUUGGACACGGUCCGAGAUGCACCUCUGCGAGCACCAGGACCCAAUGCGGAGGACACCGGCUGUUUCAUCGUUGGGCCCGGUCAAAAUGGAAACUUUGUGCUUGAAGAGAGUAUUGGACAAUGGGAUGCUAGAUGGGGCUGAAUUGAUCACAGUAGCUAUAGGUAGUCAGAUUCAUCUAGAGAUUUGAUCACAGCACAUGAGAUGUACAAUGUUGAAAGCGGAUGAAUUGAGAACACAGUCCUAAUCUAUGCCACCUCACGACUAUAGAAGCACAGGAUAGUACGGCGAUGACGUGGGUCAUCGAGGGCCAUUGUAUAUAGUGCAUAAGUAAUGGAUUAGCUGUGUUUAUGGAGCAGGAUACUAAUGAUGUUGUUGUGCGUGAUGAAACGCCUCGAGAACGGUAAACCCCAGGCAGAAUGAAGGAAAGAAAGACGAUAUGCAUCAAGAGAUUGGGACGGUUUGGCAGGUUUACGAGUCAAGCCAUGACGUCUCAGACACGGACGAGUGCAGGGGAAAUAUGGGCAUGAGACAUGCGUGCGUUGGUGUUAGUGAGAGGACUCGUGCCGGUGGCCGAAUAUGUCUGGCGACGGGACGCCCAAGUGUAGAUACGAGGUGAGACUGUA